UUAGCAUCCUAGCCUUCUGUGUCUAAAGCACGAGGCCAAACAAAAAGCUGAUCGACUGAUCUGAAACUAGCCUUUUACAGUUUAUUUUGACAAUAUGGCCGGCGAAAUCAUUGCUGGUUACGAAGAGAUGUUUGCAAAACGCUACACUAGUGAAGACCCGGACUACAUGAAGGCGGUGAACAGCAAGACGAUUGCCUCGCCACCCUGCAUCGAGAACUGGCUGACGGCUGGCUAUCGUCGUGAUGAUAGGCGUGACCAUGGGGGGCGUUAUGGAGAGAGAUACCAUCCUUAUCAAAGAGAUGACAGGGGUUACCAAGGCGAUCGCUAUGGCAAUGACCGGUAUGGUAACAGACCGCAGGAUCGUCGAGAUGACAGACGAAGGGAUAACUACUCCAGGCGCAAACCAACAGAUUAUGGGUCAGAGGGAUACUACCAGUUUUACUACUAGGCUUUUGGCUACACUUGUAGACAUGCGGCUCUUUUACUCACACAUCAGUUCUAGACAGGUGGUUACUCACUCACUUAGCUGUGCAUGUCAUGGACAUGUGCACUUUUGUAUAGACACAUCCAGGAAUACUAAACAUUCUUGUAGAAUGUGUUUCAAAGUAAUGUUGUAGAUGACUUUGUGCAAGGUGGUGUGCCAACCAUGAUGCAUUGCAGAUUGUUAUCCAUGCCAUAGAAGGUAGCUUUAUGUAUUGUGCGUUCUUAGUCUAAUAGUAUUUUCCUAACCCAUGGGACAAUAGCAAGGAGAGCUCUUUUAUUGCAAGUAUUGAAAAAGAAUUUUUUUUCCUGUAUUUCCACUUGUAAUGUGAAGUUCAAAUAUUUGUGACAACAGCUAUCCAGGCAUCCUGGGAGACCCAAUAAUCUUGGCCUUCCGAGGAUACUAGAAAUAUGUAUAGAUAUAUUUAGAUAACCAGUCUUUACAGUUUCUGCUAUUUUUUUCUUGCAUAGAUAUCACUUAUAUGUAUUAAAUCUUGUUUUUCUUUUCAUGAACCAUGUUUUACAUGUUUAAGCUGUCUUUCCCAAAGUUAUGAAUUAUUAAAAAAAUCUAUUGGAACAUA